CAUGCGCAGUGUACAGGUGUGCAAAUUUUGGAAGUCGCACCUUGUUUAUACGAGAGGUUGUACAUGUCUAUUUGAUGAAUCAGCUAGUCCUAAUUACACUUAAUGCAUUUAUAAACAGCUUUUAAUUCAUGUUGCAUCAAUUGAUAAUAUAGCUGCAAAAGUGUAGUUCGCCGGUACAGAACUUACAGAAGAAAGAUGGCUGAUCAAGUCCAAGAAGAGAUUGUAAUGACCCCCACAAAGAAGGGUAAAACUACACAUAUCAGGAUUGAAAAGAAACUUAAAGAAGAACUUGACACAUCUGCAGCAGAGCAUGUUGGAGAUGGUAUAAAUAAAGGAUUUGUAGUGAAUAAAAAAGCUCAAGGAGAUUUAGAUUCCUAUGGAAGACCACAGUUACAGAUAGGAUUCAAUUGUUUUUUAGUUGAUCAGAAAACAGGAAAAAAACAUGUGGAGAGCAGAAGAUUGAAGUUUUGGUAUGUUGAUGGAACUGAUUAUCUAGAACAAGUAACUACGGCCUAUGAAUUCUUUAAAGAACUUGUGAGACCACAGAAUUUUCCAAGGGAUUAUGUUGGUUUUAUUAAGAAAUGUAUGAAACAGAUGAAAAAACCUGACUAUAAGUUAGCUAAGAAUGUUGAUUUGGAGAUACGUCUGCUGGAUGAUGAGGAAGCUCCAAUGAGUCCAGGGGAGGGAAUAUCUCCCGAUAUGAUAGGACCUUCUGAUGCUGAACAAUAUUUUGGUGUAAACAAGGAAGACAAGAGAUCUGAAGAAGAGAAAUUGAGGGAGAAACUGUUACAAAUACUUGAAUCAGCUUAUCCUAAUGUGUUGGAGGUAGAGGAUUUAAUUAGAAUUACAAAUGCUGAUCCAGCUAUGGUUACCCUACAGUUAGGAGAACUCAAACAAAAAGAAUUAAUUGCUGAAAUGGAAGAUGGAAAGAAAGUUGUCCGACAUGUAUUACAUGACGACAAAACAGAGGUGCAACAUGUAAAACAGAUGCCAACCAUAGCAGCCAAUCAACAGCCAACAAUUGCCAUAAUUACAGCAAAUUAUUCAGAAAAACUAGCAGUAGAUGCAAUGAUGGAACAAAAAACUACUUUUGUAAAAUUUAAAACUGAAGGUGAAUCCAAUGUAUACACAAUUGGGUAUAUUGGAGAACACAAGGUAGUCUCAACAAAAUUACCUCAAAUAGGUUACCAUAGGGCAGCACAGAUCUCAUCAGGAAAUACAACCACCAGAUUAUUAGGAUCAUUCCAAAAUAUAGAGCAUGUGUUUGUAGUGGGCGUUUCUGGAGGUGUUCCCCAUUACACAGAUUAUUACAAACAUGUACGUCUGGGGGAUAUUGUUAUGUCACAGUGUAAUGACAAAGGAUAUGUGUACUAUCACUGUGACAAAAUAUUUAGAGAUAAAGAAGAAAACUUGACAUAUAAACUUCGUACAUUUGCUCCUAGGGAUUUUACUCUUCAAAAUGUUGUCGAAAAACUGCGAGAUAGGGCUCAGAGAAAACCAGAUAAGGCACCUUGGGAAAAGUAUAUUUACGAAGGUUUAGAUCUUCUACGUAAUCAGGAGGCAGAUUUUAAUAGACCACCAAAAGAAAGCGAUAGGUUAUACAUGAACAUUGGAGAAGAUGAUUUGAUAGAGGUACAACAUCCCUUAAAACCAGAAGAUGGAGAUGGCAUUAGAGAAGGUGUUCCCAAUGUUCAUUAUGGUGUUAUUGGUUCUGGAAGACCAGUCACCAAAUAUGAUUCCACUCGACUUGACUUUGCUCAUAAAUAUAACAUCACCUGUUUUGAUGCUGAGUUUGAUCAAGUCUUAGAAUCCAUUGUUGGUAAUAGAAAGGAUAGUUUCCUGUUUAUCCGAGGCAUAGCAGACUACAGUGAUGGAACAAGAAACAAAGAAUGGCAACCAUAUGCCUCACUCGUGGCAGCAGCAAUGAUGAAAACCAUUAUCAGAUUAAUUAGCAACCCAUACCUUAGUGAAGAUGAAGACUAAUUUACUAGACAAGAAUUUCUUGACUUUGUGUCGAUAUUAGACAUGCUUUUUGCUUUUUAAAAGUGCUCAUCUUUAUCAAUCAUUUUGUUAGCUUCAAAGUGCAAUAACAUUUAUUUGUGUAUUCUUUUGACGGGAAAUGCAGCAUGAAGAGAACUUAAUUUGUUUUUUGAUAAUUUAUCUUCUUAAUCAUUUUUCUUUUCUUUUAUUUUGUUCCUGGAAAUGAAAUGCAUUGUGUUUUUGUUGCGAACUAUAUGAGAGCUAAGAAACUUAAAACCUUACUUAAUUAUUGAUAUGCAAAUAUUUGUUCUGCUUUCAUGUGUUUUCUUCAAUUUUCAAGUGGUGCAAUUUUUGUUGUUGACUUUUUUCAUUUAUUGGUGCAGGAAAUUAGAAUUUUCACAGAUUAGAGAUCUUGAAAUUAAAUUUGAUCUAGAAAGAUGAUGGGUUUGAGAUUUUUUUCUUUGUAAGAUUUAUUCCUCAUAUUAUCAAAAGAAAAAAACAUAAACAGUUGUGGAGAUAUAAAAGGACAUGAAAAGUUACAUUAGAUGAAUCUAUUUACACCACUGUGAUCACAUUUUCAUCUUUUAUUUGAGCAUUUGUUAAAUACAUUUAGUCAAUAUAUCUUUAGAAAAUCAAACUAUGUCUUUAAUUUGCUGUGUUAAUAAUUACAUAAAUUGAAAUUUAAUCAUGUAAAAAGAUGUUUUUUUCAGAAUUAAUCUUGUGUAUUCAUAUCAGUUUACAUGUUAAAAAAGAUGCCAGUGUUAAAAAAAAUGAAUUUUUAUUUGUGAAAUAGUUUGUAUCUUGUGUAUGUUUAUGAUAGACUGAAGUUGUUUGAUUUUUUUUUGAGAAUUUAUGUUUUAGGACUAUUUAUGAACUCUCAGUUAUUUGAAAAAAAAUUAUAUCAUAUUGUACUUACAAGUUUUUUGUGGAGCCAUUUUGUGUUCCCAACUCAGGAUGUUAACUAGAUUUAUUUAGAGCUAGUCAGUUCAGUUGUUGUCUCCAUUGAAAUAAAACUGUCAUCAUCAAGAAAACAAAUGUAUGUGAAUGUCCACUUGUCUAUACAUAAUGUAAUCAAAAUUAAAUGAUUUGAGGUGGUACCAAACACCUGGACUCAAAUUAAUUUGGUUGGUCAAAAUUUUGACAAAUUAUUUACUUUGAUCUAUUGACAAAAACAUAAAAUUUUAGCACUCACUUUAUCGGAUAUAUUUCAUUAGAUAUAUAGCAGUUUGACAAACACUAAUUUUGCUCAUUGAAAAGCUAAGUAUUUCCAUAACAAUUGAACAUGAUUCAAACUUUCAGCUGAUUUUUACAGAGUUGUCUACCGGUAGUGUUAUGUACCACAUUAAUGACAGAUUUUCAAAAUUGAAGUGUUGAUAUGAUAUCUUUGUAAGAUACAUGUUUUUUUCACACUUUGAUCAACAUCCAAUCUGGUAUAUUUCUAAGCACCCCAAAAGGGGGGAGGGAGGGAGGUGCUUUACUGAUAAAAAGUAAGUUAUUGAUGUUAAAGAGUAUUAUAAAAAUUUACUAUAUAUUUUUUUUCAAUUCUGGAGAUAAAAUUUUAAGAAAAGUCCAGGUAUUUUUUAAAAUGAAUAGUUAGUACAAUUUGUGAAAUGAAUCUAUCGUGAAUUGUUGUCAAUGCUUUAUAAAUAAGCAAAUACACAAAAUUUCAUUACUGUAUUAAAAUUUGAAUCUUGUCUGUGUGAUGGAAAUUAAUCAUGAAUGCUAAAUGAUGUAGCACAGAUUCUUGGUUUAGCUCUCAUCUUAAGUAGAAUAUUUUGAUUUUAGUUUUGCACACAAAUAAAUUAGAUGUAGCUUUCCAGAAAUAUACAUAUAUACAUUACAAAAAAGAGCUUUUAUUUCAAAUUUAUCAUAAAAAAGGAAAUUAUUGUUAGACAUUUAUUUUUUUUGUUUGCAUUUUUUGUUGCAUUAUGAAAUAAAUCGAAUUGUAUAUUUUAUUUAUUGAGAAGUCUACUUAUUUAAUAGAAGACAAAAACCAGGAUGUAAAAAGUUUUCAGUUUUGUUGAAAUUUAAUUUAAGUAUCAUGAAAUAUUAAGUUAAAUAUAAAUUUGAUGUAAAUUUUUUAUAAAAUUAAACUAUAAGUUUGGCUUGAAGAUGUUGAUUUUUCUAGUUAAGUUUUCCAAGCAUAAAAAUUCUAUAAUCCUAGUUGUGAUGUAUAUAGUUUUGUUAUAUUUGUUUAUACAUUUAUCAUUCCACAUUUUAUCACAUAAUUUAUAUAUAUAUUAACAAAGUAGGUUAGUGAGUUUAUAUAUUUACAUAUUUAUGUAGGCAGUACAAGUAGUAAUUGUUUUCAUUAAUUGAAAGUUGCAGCUGUUAAAUGAAAUAAUCUUUUAAUACUUUUGCUAGUGUCUUUUUUUUUUGGAAAGAAAUAUUUCUGACUUCCUUUUGCAGAAAUUAUUCUUUUGAAUUUGUAAUUUUUUUCUUUUGACAAUAAUUAAGAAAUACAUGUAUAAAUUGAAGCAAAAAAAUAAAAAAUAAAUAUGUGCAUUCUCAUUGCUUGUGUAUAAUCAAAAGAACAAGAACUGCAAUCUUAGUUUUUAUUAAUAUUGAACUGUUUCCCUUUUAAUACACCACUUUAAACCAAUUUAUUUCAGGCCAAUAUUUUUACAGAUGUCACAAAUCAUUUCAUAGCCUCUCUCUGGUUGUUUUGGUUACUUUUGUUCUAGCUAAAAAAAAAUCUCCUAUAUUACAAUAAAUUUUGUACAAUUCGAAACAAAGCUUCCAUAAUUUCAUUAAAACUCUUGUAAAUUAUCAAUCUUUGGUAAUGCCAUUCCUGUGACAAGUACUUUAUAGGAUAUUUGGUAUCUUUAUUUCAUAAAAGAUAAAAUUUUCAAUGUUAUAAUGAAAAUAUGUUUGUGAAAUUGUAACGUUUAAGGCUCUUUAUGUAAAAUAGAAUAAUCUUGUUUAUUCAAGAAUGUAUUAUUAAAGUUUAGAAGUAUUUUUAAGAUAAUUAUUUUGUACGUUCAUCUAACACACAUUUGUUUGUUAUACCUGCUAUUGUCAUUUACACUUUUUUUUAAUAUUAUUAAUUCUAGUUAAUUAUUAUCUGUUGUGAAGGCAAACAAAUAUUUGAAUGUCAGUUGUGGACAAAUUUAAUCAAAUUUUAUAGUAUUUUUCAGGGUUGUUUAAGGGAAGUUGUAUAUUGUUUAUAUAUUAAUGUUUGAUAUACAGUUUAUAUGAAUGCAUAAUUAUAAAAUUUUUAUUUUAUUUUUAUUUUGUGGUUGCAUUGUUGAAAUUUAAGGUAUUAGAAAGUCUUUUUUCUGCAUUUAGCACCAGUGUAUUUGUCUGAAGUGGUGUUUUAGACAUUAAGGUAUUAGAAAGUCUUUUUUCUGCAUUUAGCACCAGUGUAUUUGUCUGAAGUGGUGUUUUAGACAUUGUAAUGAUUUAUCCUAGAAUUUGUAAGUAUGAGAAUUAGAAGAAGUCACAUUUUAGAAUAAUUUACUUUUUUGUUAAAUAUUAAACAAAAUGAAAAUUUCACUAUUUUCUUUGUUUAUAUCAUAAAUGGUUGGUUUAAAAAUAUUUAACAGUCUAUGUGAUCUUUCAAUGUGAGCUACAGUCCGAUCUUGAGAUAAAAAUAAUUAUCGCUAUUUUGUGCAUUUUUCGUUUGAUCUUUUUUUGUGAUAAUUUUCAUAUCAUGCUACUCACUUGAGAUGGAAUAAUUAUCACUAGAAACUAAGGAGGCCACGUGGCGUUGCUAAUGAAAUUGACAUGAACAUGAUGAAAUUGACAACGUCGUCAUAGGUAAAAUAGCGAUAAAUAGAUUAUCAUUGUUCAUCUCAACUCGCUUGCUUUUCUCACUUUCGCUGUACCAGCUCAAGCGAGAAAAAUCAAUCUCGUUGAGAUGAUCCACGAUAAUCUAUAAAUAUGGCAAUUUUAAGGAAAAUAACUAAUAAAAUUAAGACUUCCUAUGACCUCAGUUAUUUUGCUUUAUGUAUAAACCUUUAAUAAUUUUUAUAAUGUUGGACAUAUUCUGUUAUAGAUUUUUGGCAUUGUUUUGACCUUAAAAAUUUGCAGUUAAAAGUUUCAUUAUAACAAAAAGUGUCAAAACUGUCUGAUGCAAAAUUUUGAUAGAAUAUUUUGUCAGGCUUCUGGUUGUAUGCUGGUUAGUGCCAAUUAGCGGUAUUACACUAAUGCCAGGCAGUAUAUAGUUUUAUUAAAAAAAAGAUUCUGACAAUUGUUUUUCCAAAUGUUUUUAAUUGUUAUUUAAUAAUGAAAUAAAUCUGCUGUAUAUCUUAGUUAAAAUUUA